AUGGAUAACACUCAAUGCCAAGAGGCACCACUCCAUGUAGCCAUUGUACCCACUCCAGGGAUGGGUCAUCUAAUCCCACUCGUUGAGUUAGCCAAAAAACUCGUUCACCUACACAACUUCUUUGUUACCUUCAUCAUACCAAACGACGGGACAUCCAUGAAACCCCAUAAACAACUCCUUCAACCCCUUCCCAAAACUAUUUCCUCCAUCUUUCUUCCUCCAGUCAACUUUGAUGACCUUCCAGAGAACGUUUUAAUGGAGACCCGGAUCACACUCAGCUUGACUCGGUCUCUUGAGGCUUUGCGUGACUCUUUGAAGGCUUUGACUGAGUCAACUAGGGUUGUAGCUUUGGUUGUCGAUCUCUUUGGUCCUGCUGCCUUCGAAAUUGCUAAGGAGUUUGAUGUUCUGCCAUUUGUUUUCUUUCCUGCAAAUGCUAUGCUGUUGUCGUUGUCCUUUCACUUGCCUAAGCUUGAUGAAACCUACUCUGGUGAGUAUAAAGAUAUGAUCGAACCGGUCAGACUCCCUGGUUGUGUUCCGGUUCAAGGGAGGGAUCUUACUGCCCCGGUUCAUGAUAGGAAAGAUGAUGCCUACAAGUGGAUUCUUCAUAUUUGUAAACUAUACAAUUUGGCUGCUGGGAUUAUGGUUAAUAGCUUCAUUGAUUUGGAACCGGGUGCUUUUAAGGCUUUGAUGGAUGAGAAUAACAUUGGUAGGCCUCCAAUUUACCCGGUCGGACCGCUAAUACAGACCGGUUCAACCAGUGGGCUUUUGGGAGAAUCUGAUCAGUGUUUGAGUUGGUUAGAUAGGCAGCCAAAUGGGUCGGUGCUAUUUGUCUCCUUUGGGAGCGGUGGAACAUUGUCUCAUGCUCAGUUAAACGAAUUGGCCUUGGGUUUGGAAAUGAGUGGCCAAAGAUUUCUUUGGGUUGCUAGGAGUCCACGUGAUAAGGCUGUCAAUGCCACUUACUUUGGGAUCCAAAGUACUGAUGACCCUCUAGCCUUUUUGCCUGAAGGGUUCUUGGAUAGGACCAAAGGGGUUGGUCUGGUGGUCCCUUCUUGGGCUCCUCAGAUUCAAGUCUUGAGCCAUGGUUCGACCGGAGGGUUCCUGACUCAUUGUGGGUGGAACUCAAUUUUGGAAAGUAUAGUUAAUGGCGUGCCCUUAAUUGCAUGGCCACUCUAUGCAGAGCAAAAAAUGAAUUCGGUGUUGCUAGCAGAUGAUUUGAAGGUUGCGUUGAGGGUGAAAGUGGAUGAGAAAGGGUUGGUGAGUAAAGAAGAUAUUGCAAAUUAUUCAAGGAGCAUUUUUGAAGGAAGAGAAGGGAAAUUGAUAAGGAGCAAGAUGAAUGAACUUAAAGAUGCUGCGUCAAGGGUUUUGAGUCAAGAUGGGUCGUCUACACAUUCUCUAGCAGAGGUGGCCAAAAUCUGGAAGGACCAUAAGAAGUAA